UACCGCCCCAGCACAGAUCCCUCCCACCUGUGCCGCCUCCUCCUUCCCACUUCCUGCUGUGUUUAUGCUGGAACCAGAGCUAAUCUGCGCCUGAUUUUUCUGCAUGAAUCUUAGUACUCACUCUUGGGGCGCCCCGAAAAAGCACCUUGGCACCUCCCACUUGGGGCGGGAACGAAUCACAAGCUUCUGCAAAGUUGAUGGACGGGACGGUACUGAGCCAAGCCUCGUUGCUGUCAUCGCUGGACACUGGCGAUUGGUUGCGGGGGUACGGCGCGGAACCAAUGGGAGCGGCUUCCCGGGAGAGUCCGUGGAGCGCGCGGGAAAGAGACCAAUAUAAACUGUGGCGGGAGAUUCGUUUUCGGGUCCUUGUCCAGUUAAACACCCUCGGUUGGGAAGUCAUUGAUUGCUCCCCUCUCCUCGCGUUUGAAUAUGGUGCGGACUAAAGCGGACAGUGUCCCAGGCACCUACAGAAAAGUGGUGGCUUCUCGAGCCCCCAGGAAGGUGCUUGGUUCCUCCACUUCUGCCAGUAAUUCCGCAUCACUUUCGUCGAGGAAAGUUGAAAAUAAGUAUGCCGGAGGGAAUCCAGUUUGUGUGCGCCCAACUCCCAAGUGGCAAAAAGGAAUCGGAGAAUUCUUUGGGCUGUCCCCUAAAGAUUCUGACAAAGAGAAUCGAAUUCCUGAAGAGGCAGGAAGCAGUGGCUUAGGAAAAGCAAAAAGAAAAGCACGUCCUUUGCCACCUGAUCACACAGAUGAUGAAAAAGAAUAGAACUCUCUUAAUUCAUCCUUGACUAAUGUCUCCUGUUUAUUAUUCUAGGAUGUAAAUUUGGAUAAAUGUAUUUGUUCCAAUUAGCUUUGUUGAAUAGGCAUUUAAUUUAAAAAAUGAGGCUUAUAUAGAGUUACUCAAAAGCAAGUAAUUAUGAUAUUGGAGAAUUUGUAAGAUUUGUUAUUGGUUACUUACCUUGGUAUUCAAUAUAACGCAGUAUUUGGUUUCUUUUACCUGUUAUUAAGCUUCUUGUUCUUGCUAAAAAUUAAUCAUUGAAUGGUGUUCUAAUUACAAAUCUGCUGUAUUUGAGAUUUUCUUAGAUCUUUGUACUGCUGCCAUUUUUAUUGGCGUUUGAUUAUUAGAAUGGUGCCGUAUUUUUGUUCCUUUUAUUUGCUUUAAGAAGCAGAGUUAGAUUUUUGCACAUUAAAAAAAUUCAGUAUUAAUUAAACUGAACCUAACCCUUUUUAAGAAAGAGGGCCAAAGAUGCAAUGUUGAAGAAAUUUGGAUGGCUAUGUAUCUUCUCCUUAAGAGCAAUAUGGCCUGAGAAUUUAAACAGUUGAUAAAGUUUCUAACAACAACAAAGCAGAUAAAAUAAGAAUUUUAGAAUUAGACAGGAAGAUUUCAUAGACUACAUUAAAAGAGAGAAAUUUUCCUAGAAAUGCAUUUGAUUCAGUAUCAUAAAAUACAACCUUUUGGGCCUGUACUUUUCAAGUUGGAAAUCAAUAAAACAUAAAAGGCAAAUCAUGCCAUAAAUCCAGAGAUAUGUCUAGAGUCCUUAGAGCUACCAUUAUAUAUUUUAAGAUAACCAGGGGUAUAAUUAAAGAGGUGGGUAUAAUAUAACUUAGUAACUGAUAUUCUUGCUUCCUUAUCACACUUUUUGCUUCCUGAUAUUCUGUUGUCUAAGUUUACCAUGUUUUAACAAGUAUGUUCUUCUGAAGUUUGUUUUUAAUAAAUGAAUACUUAUUUUCACAAUA